CGGCGGAGCGGCUCCACUUGUUGCUGAGCAGGAGCAGCGCUCGUCAGCUGACCGGGGAGCUCCAGCCAAACGCGGCGAACGCAUCUCCGUCCUCCGCCGCUGCCGGUCCCGGUGAAACCGCCGCUCCAGGAAGCCUGGUUUGAUGUCGGUCUCGGUCUUCGACCCGUGUGGACGCGUCAGUCUGGCCUGUGGACUCCUCCUCCUGACCUCCACGCUGCUCCUCACUGAAGGCAGACUGUCGAACUGCUCCCACCCUCUGGUGCCGGAACAUGGAGGCUUUCGCUGCGAACCGUCUCCCUGCCGCGGGUUUCCUCAUAGGAGCACCAUCCAGUUCUUCUGUGAGACUGGAUACCACAUCAGCAGGAGGAGACCUCUGUCCUACUGUCGCCACGGCAGGUGGGAGCCGCCCAUGCCGACCUGCAUCCCCGUCAAAGGUUCCUCACUGAGGUCUGAGAACCCUGCGGUUGACUCCAUGCCCAGCAUGGCCACCACCGCGGUGGGCGUGUCCAUCUUCCUGCUCACAACCACUGCCUGUUUGGUGGUCAAGUCCCGCCUCUAUCCCUGUCAAUCUCGCGGCAGCCGGCGCUCCUCAGACCAGCUGGACCUGAUGGUGGACGGACUUCCUGUCUCCCUCCCCUCCUACGAGGAGGCGGUGUACGGCAGCUGGGGCCAGCGGAUCCCCGCCUGCUCCUCACCUGGACCCACGCAGCUCCUGCUCUCCCAAGAGACCCCCGGCUGUCAGCCGGACGGCAGCCACCAGCCUCUGCUCCCCAGCAGGGACAACCCCCCGCCUCCGUACGAGGAGGUCCAGGCGUCCCGUCCCAGAGAGGGCGACGCUCGGCAGCUGCACGUCUCGGCCGUCAAGGACCCCUGACGGACAGACGACGGCGUUCUGUGGACUGAAAUGUGGACGGAUGGCGCCUGCUCUGCCUGCACUUUCCUGAUGGGCUGCAGCUCACAGCAUCGGGACAAACCUGGAGAUGAAGCUAAGAGGGAUCGCUUUUCUGGCCACGCCCCCAAGUACCGGGGAGAGGCUGAAGGACAUUUUUAAGGAAGCAGCUCUGGGGCGGGGGGGGGGGGGGGGGGGGGGGGUAUAUUGCACAGAAAUCUCUGCUCUGCUGUUCAGGAAACGAUUGUUUUAACUUUUUUUAAUGAGAACUGAAGAAGAUGGCAUCUCUUGCACAGAGACAGGAGGGGGGGGGGUGAGUGACAGGCGUUCCCUGUCACUCUGGACUCUGUUGCACCUGUUUCCACGGCAACAGGCUUUCGCACAGAGCAUCCCUCUACGUCUCAUCGGACUUUGGUGCCCAGGCUGCAGCCGUACUUUAAAAAAACAAAAACAACGCUCGUUUGCUUUGGGGUGUGCAGAGUUUUUAUGGGUUUGAUCAGAGAUGCGGCGACAUUAUUGAAAACUUUGCGUUCGUGGAUGAUGCCUCUGCGUCCACAAACCUGCAAAAAAUAAAAAUAAAAAAACCUCUUCUGGGAUAAUUCACCUCAGAAAACCUGAGAGCGAUGCCUUCACAGACCUUGAAUGUAUUCUGUCUUUUUCGUGGCAAUUUUUGACUAUUGUAAUAUAACAGAUGAUUAUUUGUAUUGGUGCACAGAACUAUGAAAUAAAUGUUGGACAUGUACUUGA